CGACAAUUGGGAGUCUUGAUAUCUAGUGAAGCUGGAUACGUGAAGGCAAUGCUUGAUCGAAUUCGAGUCGCGGGGGGCAACCUUCAUCGGCUCCACAACAUCUGGAAGUCCCACGACAUCGGUAUUCGAGGUAAGAUGAUUGUGAUGAGGUCCGUCGUCUUUGCUUCGCUCUUCUAUGGAUCGGAGACUAUGGCCCUUAAUAAGGAGGAGACACAAAUGCAUAAGACGUUCUACAAUACAUGCUUAAGGAAAGUGAUUCCGAAUCACUGA